CUGAUCGCUCAGGACUACAAGGUCAGCUACUCACUGGCUAAAGCCUGCAAACCGGACCUGCGUAAAUACCGCUGCAACAUGGACACGGCCAUGCCUCGAGCCAGAGAGGCCAAGCUCUCGUACCUGCUGCUGUGUCUGGAGGCAGCCGUGCACCGAGGUCAAACCGUGAGCGGCGAGUGUCAGGGAGAGAUGCUGGACUACAGGCGCAUGCUGAUGGAAGAUUACUCGCUCAGUCCCGAGAUCGUGCUGCAUUGCAGAGGGGAGAUUGACACGCACUGCUCCGGCCUGCACCACAAGGGUCGAACCCUGCACUGCCUCAUGAGGGUGUCCCGGGACAAGGGCAUCUUGGAAGGCCACUGCCAGAAAGCUCUCCAGACACUGAUACAGGAAACAGACCCCGGGGCCGACUAUCGCAUUGAUCGCGCUCUGAACGAGGCCUGCGAGUCUGUCAUCCAGACCGCCUGCAAGCACAUCCGAAACGGAGACCCCAUGAUCCUGUCUUGUCUGAUGGAGCAUCUGUACACUGAUAAGAUGGUUGAAGACUGUGAACACAGAUUGCUAGAGCUGCAGUACUUCAUCUCCAGAGACUGGAAACUGGACCCUAUCCUGUACAAAAAGUGUCAGAACGAUGCGGCCCGCAUCUGUCACACUCACGGCUGGAACGAAACCAGCGAGUUCAUGCCUCCCGGAGCCGUUUUCUCCUGUCUGUACCGGCACGCUUACCGCACCGAGAUGCAGGGACGACGGGGUUCAUCAGAAACUUCUGAAGUGAGUUUGAAUUUAUCUCGGGACUGUAAGACGGAGGUGCAGAGGAUCCUCCACCAGAGGGCUCUGGAUGUGAAACUGGAUCCGGAGCUGCAGCAGCGAUGCAUGACAGACCUCGGGAAGUGGUGCAGUGAGAAGACUGAAGCUGGACAGGAACUGGAGUGCUUACAGUAUCAUUUAGAUGAUCUGGUCUCUAACUGCAGGGAUGUGGUGGGAAACCUCACAGAAUUGGAGUCGGAGGACAUUCAGAUCGAGGCCUUGUUGAUUCGAGCCUGUGAGCCUGUGAUCCAGUCCUACUGUCACGAGGUGGCCGAUAAUCAGAUAGACACAGGGGACCUGAUGGAGUGCCUCGUUGCCAAUAAGCACCAGAAGGAAAUGAACGAGAAAUGCGCCGUUGGAGUCACACACUUCCAGCUGAUCCAGAUGAAGGACUUUCGCUUCUCGUACAAGUUCAAGAUGGCGUGCAAGGAGGACGUGCUCAAACUGUGCCCCAACAUCAAAAAGAAGGUGGAUGUGGUGAUCUGUCUGAGUACCACAGUAAGGAACGACACUUUACAGGAAGGCAGAGAGCAGCGAGUUUCAAUGAAGUGUCGUAAACAGCUCAGAGUGGAAGAGCUGGAGAUGUCUGAGGACAUUCGUCUGGAGCCGGAUCUGUACGAGAGCUGUCGGCAGGACAUCAAGCAGCACUGUCAGAACGUGGUGUUUGGAAACGCUCAGGUGAUCGAGUGUCUGAAGGAAAACAAGAAGCGGCUGACCCAGCACUGCCAUCAGAAAGUCUUCAAACUGCAGGAGACUGAAAUGAUGGACCCAGAACUCGACUUCCAGCUCAUGAGAGUCUGCAAGCAGAUGAUCCGGCGUUUCUGCAGUGACACAGAUGCAAAGAACCUCUUACAGUGUCUCAAACAAAACAAGAACAGCGAACUAAUGGAUCCGAAAUGCAAACAAAUGAUUACCAAGAGACAGAUCACCCAGAACACAGACUACCGUCUGAACCCUGUGCUGAGGAAGGCUUGCAAAGCCGACAUCCCAAAGUUCUGCCAGAACGUUCUGAACAAUGCCAAAGACGACAACGAGCUGGAGGGGCAGGUCAUCUCCUGCCUCAAACUCAAAUACGCAGACCAGCGUCUCUCUCCAGACUGCGAGAGCCAGAUCACUGUCAUUCUGCAGGAGUCCGCGCUGGACUACAGGCUCGACCCGCAGCUGCAGCUCCAGUGCACUGAGGAGAUCCUGCGGCUCUGUGCGGAGGAAGUAGCGGCGCAGGAGCAGACGGGUCAAGUUGAGGAGUGUUUGAAAAUCAACCUGCUGAAGAUCAGCCAUGAAGGCUGUAAAAAGGAGAUUCUUAACAUACUGAAGGAGAGCAAGGCGGACAUCUUUGUGGAUCCAGUUCUGCACACAGCAUGCGCCCUGGACAUCAAGCACCAGUGUGCUGCGAUCCCACCGGGGCGAGGAAGACAGAUGUCGUGUCUGAUGGAGGCUCUCCAAGAUAAGCGUGUGAGACUCCAGCCGGAGUGUAAGAAGAGAUUACAGGACCGCAUUGACAUGUGGAGUUACGCCGCUAAGGUGGCGCCAGCGGAAGGUUUCUCGGACUUGGCCGGGCAGGUUUUCACGUCUCCUGCCAAGUCCUACAUCCUGAGCAUGUUGGCGAUGUGCGUGGUCCUGCUCUUCCUCAUGGGUCUGCUGUGCGGCCGCAUCACCAAACGCGUGACGCAGGAGUUGAAGGACAGGUAA